AUGGCGCAAGCUGAUGCAGAAAAGAAUGAAGUCGAGCGCCUGAAAACAGGGCUUUAUGACUGCAUCGUCAAGAUCGUGGAAGAGGAGACCUUCAAGCUCGAGGCCACUGCCACACCCCAGUUCACGAACGCGUUAUUAGAGCUGGCCUGGUCACACCUUGAAUCCACCAUUGUUGACGUUGAAGCCUUUGCUAGGCAUGCCGGGCGGUCAACUGUCACCCCGGCCGAUGUACUCAUGCUCUGUCGCCGCAACGAGGGACUAAGCCAGACUCUACUAUCAUACCAGGCGCACUUGGAGAGCCAACGUGAAGAGGCUUCGUGA